AACAAUAUUUGAGAGGAAUAGGCCUUUUGUGUACAUAGAAAAAGUCUUAGACCUUUGAGUUCAGCACAUGAAAAAUGGGGGCGUUUAUAAUUUUGUUCAGUGUAGCUGCUAGGCAUUAUGGCUGCUGAUUGAACUGACUUGCCUAAUGGACUUUAAGGCCAUGCUAUAUUGUUAUUUGUGAAUAUAGUCAUGGCUAAGGGGCAUGGGUAGACACAAGUGCUAUUCAGCAAAAUGAUAAUCCACUAUGGCAGAUUGAUAUGGUGAACAGGUGUUUCACAUCAUAUCUGUUAAAGUUACCAUGAAAUCAUAACAAUGAACAAUUGUAUUUUUUUGGUAACUUUACAAUAAGGUUAAUUAGUUAACAUUAGUUAACAUGAACUAAUAAUGAACUGCACUUCUACAGCAUUUAUUAAUCUUUGUUAAUGUUAAAUUCAACAUUUACUAAUACAUUAUUAAAAUCAAGAGUUGUAUUUUGUUAACAUUAGUUAAUGCACUAUGAACUAACAUGAACAAACAAUGAACUGCUAUUUUUUUUUUGCUAACUAACAUUAACAAAGAUUAACAAAUACAGUAACGUAUUGCUCAUGGGUAGUUCAUGUUAGUUAAUACAUUAACUAAUGUUAACAAAUGAACCUUAUUGUAAAGUUUUACCAUUUUUAUUAACUAGCAUUAACAUAGAUUAAUAAAUACUGUAACAAAUGUAUUGCUUGUUGUUAGUUAAUGUUUGUUCAUGCAUUAAUGUUACCUAAUGAGACCUUGUUGUAAAAUGUAACCCUUUUUUAUUGUGUCAAAAAAAUGAAGUUAAACAGGAAUUACAAACUGGUUCUGUAUAUUGCUUAUCAGACACAUAAACAAAAAAUGUUGCUCUCUAAUAGUAAUGCAGCCCCAUCCACCCACUAUGGGUGUUUUAUAGUCUCUCUCUUGCUUUCUUCUCUCAAAAUUCAUCAUGUUCCAAGGUUUUGGAACAAGAUGAAUUUUGCUUUGAAGUGAAGUCUGUGAGAUAUACUUUGAAUGGACUUCACAGGAUGUUGUGACAGAUAUCUGUCUGUGCCGGUUUCAUUUUUGAGGAUUAGAUUUAGAUCACACUCUGCUCAGGAAAAGAAACCUACAGACAGAGUAACUCAGCAAGCCAAUAUUUUAGCAAUUAAGAUCUCUUUACUCCAAUAGUUUCAUCUGUCAAUACAAAAGAAACUCGGACCAGAGCGCUACAUCUGUUUGCACCACUGGAGUGUUCCCAUUGUGCUUUUGUAUAAAACAGCAGCAUAUGGGAGUCGGACAAAGUGUUAUUGGAUCUGAUUUCAAGGGCAGACCUUUCCAUACCCGUGCUAGUGUUACCUCUUUUAGACAUCAUAAAAGGAUAGAAGAAUGAUUGUUCUGUGACCACAAGCUUUCCAUGUGACACAUGUGCAUCAUCUCAUUUGUCCAUUUCUGUCUAUUCUUUUUGCUAUUUUUGAGUCGGGGGUUGUGGGACACCCCCGGCCCUGACCCACGAGGCCGCAGGUUAAGAGGUCCAUUCCUGGAUGCUGUUUGUCCAUAGCCAUCGGGGGACUAGUAUCAGAACCAGACAGGAGGCCCACCAUCAAUGUACUCCUAUUUGACCUCCAGAUCAAAUCUGAAGGUGUGAGAGUGGGAGGAGAGGUGAGAUGGAGACAGAGGAAACAGAAGGACGCACUUUAGUGCAGGUGAUCAGUGAGAAGUACAGCCCAGAAAACUUCCCAUACUGCCGUGGGCCAGGAGUUGGAGUGGUGAUCCGGUCAAGUCCCCAGGGUUCACCUGUCAAAGAUCGUCUGAAUCUGCCCAGCAUCCUGGUUCUGGAUGGUUGUGGAAUCACGGAGGCCGGAGAUGAAGAGGAGGUGGCCACUUUCUGUGCUCAUGUGGUUGAGCUAGACCUCUCUCACAACCAGUUAAAAGACUGGGGAGAGAUAAGCAAGAUCCUGUCUAACAUCCCUAAUCUAGACUUUCUCAAUCUGAGUAUGAAUCCACUGAGAGGGUCGAAUCUGGAUCCUGGUACUGCUGAAGCAUUCUCAGGCCUCCGCCGCCUUGUGCUCAAUAACACACAUGUCACCUGGGACAUGGUGCACACACUUACACGAGAGACCCCAGAGCUGGAGGAGUUGUUUCUGUGUCUGAAUGAGUAUGAGAACGUGAGUUUGUCAUCUAUAUCGUACCCAUCCCUGCGCCUGCUGCAUAUCACAGAUAACCAGCUGCAGAAAUGGGUGGAGGUGCGAAAGCUGGGCCUCAUAUAUCCAGGCCUGGUGUCUCUUAUCCUGGCAAACAACUCUCUCUCGUCUAUUCACGAGCCUGAGGACUCCCUACAUAGACUCUUCCCCAACCUGCGGAGCAUAAACCUACACAACUCAGGUCUAAGUCGCUGGGAGGACAUUGAGAAACUGAAUUUCUUCCCAAAGCUUCAAGAGGUCAGAGUGAUGGGUAUUCCUUUACUGCAGCCCUACACCGAUCAGGAGAGACGUUGUCUUAUGGUAGCACAGUUGCCUAAUGUGACUGUAUUGAACGGCAGUGUUGUCACUGAUGGAGAAAGAGAGGAUGCAGAACGCUUUUUCAUCCGUUACCACCUGGACUGCCCUGAGGAUGAGCUACCACAGAGGUACCACACUUUGGUAGCACGCUAUGGCCGCCUAGCCCCACUUGCGGAAGUGGAUUUGCGCCCUCUCUGCCAUGUCCAAGUAGAGGUGCAUUUCGGGGACCAGACAGAGCCCCUAGCGCUCAGAUUGGAUCAGACAGUGGGAGACCUAAAGAAGCAGUUGAGAGCCGUGGUCCAGCUACCUCCAAACAAGAUACGUGUGUACUAUAUCGACCGUCAGCUUGGCUACGCAUUAGAGCCUCAGGAGAUGAAAUAUGGAGCUCGAGCACUUCAUUCCUACAGUAUACGAGAUGGAGAUGAGAUCUUGGUGGUGCCUAAGACACAAUGUAAAAUUCCUCUGUGUGUGCAAGCACACUUGGCAAUAAAGCUCUUUCUGAUUCUCUAUGUUUCCCAGGUGUUUAGGAUGGUCAGAACAGGCACUUUACUCUUUCUGCUCCAGCUUUUCAGCACCCUUGCUCCCAGAGGAGCAUUUUCUCAGGAUACCCUCUACCCCUUUGGACCAGCCCACAGGGAUUUAGAAACCCCUAAGAUGGAUGAUGGCAGCUCUCCAGAGAUUCCACUACUAAUUCCAUUCAUAUUCUUCAAUGUGCCCUAUAGGUCCCUUUAUGUCAACAACAAUGGAGUGAUCUCCUUCAACAUUCAGGUGAGUCAAUUCACUCCAGAGGCUUUCCCCCUCAGUGACAGCCGUUCCUUCAUUGCCCCUCUAUGGGCUGACGUACAUAAUGGUAUCCGUGGAGAUGUGUACUACCGUGAGAGCUCAGACCCAGAGAUCCUGGAGAGGGCCACUCAGGAUGUCAGAAAGUAUUUCAAGAGUAUGGUAUCCUUCACUGCCACCUGGAUCUUUAUUGCUACCUGGAAUCAGGUCACCUUUUAUGGAGGUAGCCAGACAACACCGGUAAAUACAUUUCAGGCAGUUUUGAUCUCAGAUGGCCAAGCUUAUUUUGCGAUGUUUAACUAUGGAGAGAUCAGUUGGAGCACAGGCACAGCUAGUGGAGGAGACCCUCUUACAGGCUUGGGAGGAACCACAGCACAGGCAGGCUUCAAUGGUGGAGAUGUCAGCCAUUUCUUUAAUCUUCCCGGAUCACGCUCGAACGAAGUGGUCAACAUUGAACAGACCACUAAUGUUAACGUGCCUGGACGGUGGUUCUUCCGCAUUGAUGCCGACCAGAUAGACCCAGCAAAUGGCUGCAGCUACACUGGGCGGUUUUACCGGCGUGGGGAGGUUUUCUGGCUAUCAGACCAGUGCACUCAACGAUGUAGGUGUCUUGAUCUGGAUAAUGAGGUCAUCUGCCAGGAAACUCCAUGUGGUCAAUUAGAGACCUGUGAACAAGUGGAGGGGGCUUACUACUGCCAGCCUACCCGCACCAGCACCUGUGUGGUGUUUGGAGACCCCCAUUACCACACUUUUGAUGGAUUUCUGUAUCACUUCCAGGGCACUUGCUCAUACCUGUUGGCUCGUCCAUGCUGGGAAAUGCCUGGUUUGCCCUUCUUCAGUGUGGAGGCCAAGAAUGAAAACCGUGGUGUGACCACUGUGUCCUGGCUACGGGACGUGACAGUAGAGGUGUACAGCCACCGUGUCACACUACCCAAAGGGACUCUGGGAACUGUGCAGGUGGAUGGCCUGAUAAAGACUCUCCCUGUUCAACUUCAACUAGGCGCAGUCAAGGUAUACCAAUCUGGUGUUGCUGUCGCUUUGGAAACAGACUUUGGUCUCUUGGUGACCUAUGACGGAUUGCACUACGCCUCCAUCUCCCUCCCCAGCUCUUAUUUCAACAACACUUGCGGCCUAUGUGGUAACUACAACGAUGACCCCGCCGAUGACCCCGUGUUGCCAGAUGGCUCUCUGGCAGAGAGCGUAGUGGAACUGGGUGGUAGCUGGCGAGCCGAGGACACAGAUUUUCGUUGUACAGAUGGCUGUGCCCAGAACUGUAGCUUGUGUGAACCGGCAGCUGAAGCAUUUUAUUUUCGCUCAGACUACUGUGGGCUGAUCAAUAAAACUGAUGGGCCAUUCAGAGACUGUAGGGCUGUGGUAGAUCCUACAGCAUUUGUGUACAGCUGUGUUUAUGAUAUGUGCAGCAAUCGCGAUAACAUCACCACCUUGUGCCAGGCUAUACAGGCAUAUGCACUUGCAUGCCAGGCCCUGGGAGUCACUAUACGACCCUGGAGAUCACGUUCUUUCUGUGCGUUGACAUGCCCUGAGAACAGCCACUACCAAGUCUGCACGAGUGCAUGUCCUGCCUCCUGUUCCGACCUGACGUCUCACCUCUACUGCACCCAUCCAUGCACUGAGGGCUGUCAGUGUGACCAGGGCUAUGUGCUGAGUGGUAGUCGCUGUGUCCGCCGAUCUGAGUGUGGAUGUGAACGUGACGGCCUGUACUAUGCCCUAAAUGAAACCUUCUGGGCAGGAGAAGGGGGUGAGGUAGGUGCAGAAUGCACCCAGCGUUGUGUGUGUGGCCCCGCAGGUGAAGUAACAUGCUUCAAUGACUCUUGUGGUGAAGGCGAGGUGUGUGCAGCAGAAGUUGGGUUGUUGGGGUGUUACCCUCGUCGUGAAGCAGUCUGUUCGCUGUCCCAGUCUCAAAUACUGGCCACGUUUGAUGGGUCCACAAUGCCGUUCCCUGAUGAGAGCUCAUUCUACCUGGUAAAGACUUUGGGACGCUUGCCUGCAAAUGUUACUUCAGUGGAGGUGAAGAUUGGCAGAAAGCUGGUGAAUAAGGGCCCAACAUGGCUACGGCCAGUGGUCGUUAGGGUGGGACAUUUGGAAGCACAGAUAGGUGGCUCGGAUUUCGACUUGAUCAAGGUCAAUGGUGAACCAUCGAUUCUUCCUUAUGUCCACCCAGUGGAGCCUCUAAUGAUAUAUCGGUCCUCUGGUAAUACCACAGUGAUUGAAUGGAGUGGUUUAGUCCGCACCCGAUAUUCACGUCAAGGCCUGCUAAACAUCACUCUUUCUACUCUCUUUUACAACACCACCUGUGGUCUCUGUGGUUUCUUCAAUGGAGAUCCAAUUGACGACCUCCGCCUACCUAGCGGAAGGCAGGCCGAUACAGCCGACCAGUUUAUUGAAGGCUGGAGAGCCAUUGCAGAUGAUCUGACAUGCAAUGGUGAUUGUGAGGACUUGUAUCGUAUGUGUACAGAUUUAAGGCUGUACCAGAGCCCGUGGCUGUGUGGAAACAUCAAUGACCUGGUAAACAGCUCAUUCCUGGCUUGCCACACGGCUGUUAAUCCCUCUCCUUUCUUCAGGAACUGCCUCUACAACAUGUGUGUACGGGAGGGAAACCGUUCUGCCCUGUGUAACUCCCUCCAGGCAUAUGCUUCAGCUUGUCAGGAUGCUCAGAUCAACCUGGGAGCCUGGAGGAGUGCUACCAACUGCCCUCUACCCUGCCCAGAAAACAGUCAUUUCGAUGAGUGUACAUCUGCAUGCCCUCUCACUUGCUCUAACCUGGAUGAUCCAGAGGAGCCAUGCCCUCUACCCUGCUCCGAAGGAUGCCAGUGUGAGGAGGGCUUUGCCCUCCGUGAUGGCAUCUGUGUGGCACGUAGUGACUGCGGCUGCUUUUACCUGGGUCGCCAGCUGGCCACCAAUGAGACAUUCUGGACCGACUGGGAGUGCCAGGAGCGCUGCUACUGUAAUGGCACAGACAACAGUGUCUACUGCACCUUCUCACCCUGUCACCCAGAGGAGUACUGCCAGGAGAAUGAAGGCCUAUUUUUCUGCCAGCCGAGGACUGAUGCCAUGUGUGUUGUUGCUGGAUAUGGCCACUUUUUGCCAUUUGGAGGUGUACCAUUUGACCUCCAAAGCAGCUGUACUCUUCGUCUGGUCACUACUGAGUGUGGAGAACGGGACGAGAAUGGGUUUGGUGGACUAGACAGUGCAGAGACAGUUCUGGGAGGACUGCCCAUGUUCCAGUUUUCAGUUCGGAAUGAAGAGAGAGACACAAGCCAGACUAUAUGGGUGCGGGGAUUUGUUUUGGAGGUCUAUGGAUAUGAAAUUGAGGUGUCACGAAGCUUCAAACACACAGUAACGGUGAAUAAAGAGCGCCUUUAUCUGCCUAUAAAACUUGGCCCAGGGAAAGUCAACAUCUACACCCUUGGUCUGCAGUUACUUGUGGAGACUGACUUUGGUCUGAAGGUGGCUUUUGACUGGAAUACUCUACUGCUCCUCACUCUUCCUCGCAGUCUCUUUAACGCCACCUGUGGGCUCUGCCAAGGAAUGCCCAUUUCUGGUCCCACUCUAAGUGUCAGCGAAUGGGGCAUGGCAUGGGCAGACCGUGACACCUUCUGCCAAGUGGGUUGUGGGGACUCCUGCCCACGCUGUGGAUUGGUUGAGAGGGGCCUGGCUGCUGAGGUCCCCGCCCAAGUAACAGAUGCUGUUGGUAACAUUGACAUGGAUAACGGUAACCCAGGAAACCGUUUUCACCUUGCUGAAGGGCUGUAUGUUUAUGUCGAGCCUGAGGCAGUGAGAUUAUGUGGACUUAUUAUAGACCGUGGAGGUGUGUUUGCACGGUGUCACAGCAAAGUGGCACCAGCCUACUUCUAUCAAAGUUGUCUUCAGGAUACGUGUGUGGAUCAAGGUGCGAGAGAGACCAUCUGUAAUUGGCUACAGAUUUAUGCCAGUACCUGUCAGAUACAAGGAGUGUCUGUCAUUGGCUGGAGAAGUUCCACACCCUGCGUGCUGUCAUGCCCUGUGAACAGCCACUAUUCCAGCUGUGUGAUGGUGUGCCAGCCGCAAUGUGCCCCUGCACGUGGACAGAGAGACUGUAACCAGUACUGUGUUGAAGGGUGCCAGUGUGACCAGGGCUAUGUGCUCAACGGCAAGAGCUGUAUCCUCAGUCAGAACUGUGGAUGCUACACGGAUGGUAAAUACUAUGAGCCUAAGCAGUUGUUCUGGAACAGUGACUGCACUAAACGCUGUCAGUGUAUUGGACGGAAUCUGAUUCAGUGUGACCCACGACGAUGUAAAUCAGAGGAGGAAUGCGUUCUACGUCAUGGUGUGCGAGGAUGCUUUACCCGACGUAACCAGCACUGUGUGGCAUCAGGCGGUGGCGUCUUCCGUACUUUCGAUGGUGCCUCUCUUCGUUUACCUGCCUCAUGUUCCUUUGUUCUUUCAACGAUCUGUCACAAGCUGCCAGAGUUAUCUUUUCAGCUCAUUGCCAAUUUUGACAAAUGGAGUACACCCAACCUAACCACCAUCUCCCAUGCUUACCUCUACAUCAACGAGGAGAACAUUCUCAUCUCGGGAAAUACAGUCAAGGUAAAUGGUACGCCCGUGUCCGUACCUUUUGUCACAGGUCUAAUGACAAGAGUAUCCACAUCAGAAGGAUUCCUAGUGAUUGACACUCCUCAGGACAUCCAGGUGCGCUAUAACCGAUUCAACACCCUUAGCAUUACGAUGGGCCCACGGCUGCAGAACAAGGUGUGUGGACUGUGUGGGAACUUCAACGGGGACCCCACUGAUGAUUAUAUCACCUCGCGUGGAAAACCUGCCGUCAGUGCUCUGGAGCUCGCUCAGAGCUGGAAAACCAACGGCAUGCAGAACAGUUGUGAUGAGACACAGUAUGUGGCCCUGGCUCAGUCCUGUGAUAAUACAGCAGUAUCAGAGCUCCAGGGGGAGGACAACUGUCUGAAACUCACAGAUUUGAAAGGUUUCUUCCAGCCCUGCUAUGGUCUGCUGGACCCUCACCCCUUCUACCAGUCCUGCUACAUGGAUGGCUGCUACAACCACCGUAAGGCCCAGGUGUGCGGCUCCAUGGCAGCCUACGCUGAGGCCUGCCGUUCUUUCGGCACACUUACCACCAAAUGGAUCGCCCAGGAAAACUGCUCAGAAUGGAUCUAUGACCCCUGUGCAGGAGAGAUCUGCUCUAACAACACAUGUGAGCAGGAGAAUGGAGGAGAUCUGUGUGGCUGCCCUGAGCUACCUAGCACUGACAUUAGUGAAGAUGACAUCAUCCAGGCGGAGGUGACCUGUAAACAUGCUCAGAUGGAGGUCUCUAUCUCUAAGUGCCGUCUGUUUCAGUUGGGCUUUGAGAGAGAGGAUGUACGAAUUAACGACCAGCACUGUGCUGGUAUCGAGGGAGAGGAUUUCAUCUCUUUCCAUAUCAACAAUACCAAGGGACAUUGUGGCUCUAUUGUACAGUCAAAUGGAACACACAUUAUGUACAAGAACACGGUGUGGAUUGAGAGUGUGAACAACACAGGGAAUGUAGUGACACGUGAUAAGACGAUCAAUGUGGAGUUUUCUUGUGCUUAUGAACUGGACAUCAAGAUCUCUCUGGAGACAGUACUGAAGCCAAUGCUCAGUGUAAUAAACCUCACACUGCCGACCCAAGAGGGCAACUUCAUCACAAAAAUGGCCCUGUAUAAAAAUGCUUCAUACCGACACCCAUACCGCGAGGGAGAGGUGGUGCUGAGCACCAGGGAUGUUCUGUUUGUGGGGGUGUUUGUGGAAGGAGCAGAUGAUAAACAGCUUAUUCUCAUUGUGAACAUGUGCUGGGCUACACCAUCUCGUUACAGCAGCGAUCGCCUUCGUUACAUUAUCAUAGAGAGAGGGUGUCCUAACAUCAAGGAUAACACUAUAGGCAUGGCUGAGAAUGGCGUGUCCCUCACCUGCCGCUUCCACGUCACCGUCUUUAAGUUUAUUGGUGAUUAUGAUGAGGUGCAUUUGCACUGUGACGUCUCUCUGUGUGACUCAGAGACCAACACCUGCAAAGUGAAUUGUCCUCAUAACAAACGAAGUUAUACAGAUUACAGUCAGCAUAAAGAACAAAUCCUGUCAGUGGGACCAAUCAGAAGAAGAGACUCAGACUGGUGUGAAGAGGAUAAUGGUGGCUGUGAGCAGAUCUGCACUAGUCAAGUAACAGGCGCUGUGUGCAGCUGUGUGACAGGAAUGCUGCAAAGAGAUGGGAAGAGCUGCCGAGUCACCAGUAUGAGUACUGACCUUCAACCCCUGCUUCUUCUGGCAGCUGCUGUUGUAAGCACUAACAUCUUACUGCAAACACACACCUCAAUUUUGUUCUCUUAACACCCACCAAGCAAGGCCAAGGGAGAGAGAGGCGUAUAAAGACAAAAGAGAGAAGCAAAACAGCCAGUGAGGGGAUAUGCAUGUGAUGCAUCAGCAGCCCUGCAGUGAAGACCACCUCUGAGCAGUUCCCUUCAGCGAAGUGAAAACUGUGAUCAAAUACAACCAAGUGAUCCUUCACCAGCUGGAUAUCUCAGACAUAAAACAACGUGGUUCGGUCCAACAUAAAUACAUGACACCCUUCAGACCCUGAAAGAAUCCAACUCUUUUCUUUUGCGCAACAUCUAAACGCCAUAAACCAAAAAAAAGAGAGAAACUGUCACUUUGAAAUGUAGUGAUAGAGAGACAGCUACUGAAUAUUUCACAGCCACUAAUGACAUAUUAGCAAGUAUUUCUUAUUAGAUGAUGAGUUUUCCUGAGAAUCACUGAAGAGUGAGAGCACAUGUUGCAAGAAUGGAUGAUAAUUCUCAACACGUUAUGUUGUUUUUGUUUUUUAUUUAGUUGAUUUGAUGAAAUGCAUAUCCUCUCCUGCUCUAAUUCUCAAUAUGCCAAUUGUUUGUUAUUUAAACCCCUUUUUUGCCAUACUAAAGUAAUGCUGAGAUCAAAAUGCCAAUCAACAUUUGCAUUGCUUUGUAUUCCUGUGGAUACAAAUGAGUGAAUAGCGUUCGGUACCAACACACAAUGUUCCUGAGUAGCCAACUUUUAAAGCAUCACUUAUUUAAGCUGUAUAUAGUAGGCCAUGUUUGAUGGAUGUGAACACUUUUGCCCUGUACAAUAAAUACUCAAAUGUACUGUAUGAAUCACUGACAUGAAGUGAUUUUUUAGAAUCAUCGAUUCCAUUUGCAAUUUAGUCUGGCAAUAUCACCCAUACUUGACUUGAUGAUGAUAUUAAUGAAAGAUUCAAGGACUGUUUCUAAUCACUUCCCUCAUGACACCACACAGCUGAACUAUACUUCAUUUCCUGAAGGUUUGGGACAGCCAUAACACCAUGGUAACUUGUGUAGUCAGCUGUAGUCACUUACGUAGUCAAGUGACCGAACCCUUGAUGACCAUACUUACUGUAACAAUGUUUUCUUAUUCUAGGGAUUGUUUGUUUGUUUGUUUUUAAUCCGAUAUGAUUUAUUUGAGAAUAAAGUGAGCAAUUCA